CCAUCCAUGCUAUAAAAAGAAAAUUGCUCUUUAGAAACUAAAGAGGAAAAUGUAAACUAUACAAAGUCUAUUGUGGAAAAGCUUAAUAUCAAUAGUUAUUUUGAAAUAUGUAAAAACAAUAAGCUAUAGCAGAACAGUUUUACAAGAGGGAAGAAACACUAGAAAAUGAAGCCCAGUGAAAGUCUGUGUUCAUGUAGAAAUCUGAAGCACUUUGGAAAAAGUAGAUUAAAAUAGCUGAAGUAGUUUUGCACCAGUGGAAUUUAUCAUCCAGUUGGUACUGAUGCAUUUAUUGCUCUGUGGAAUGUGUUGAAUAUCAUGAAAGGAUGCCUCGUUUAUCAGUAACUUGCUUUGAUAAGUGUAGGAUUGUUUUAUGGUUUAAUGUUUCUUGGUUUCAUGGUAAGAAAGGGAGGCACACUUGUGACACAGUGUGGCAUAGAGGCCAAGGAUACUAAACAUUUGCUGUGCCCAAGGAAGCCCCCCAAAACAAAGGCCCCGGAAGUCAGUAAUACCAAGGUUGAGGAACUCCGCACUAAUACACAGAAUGAAACAGUAGACUGUAUCUUUCUCUUUGUGUUUGUUUCUCAACUCCAUUAUUCUCAGAUGAACUGGGGUGAAUAACCGUGUUUCUGUUUUUAAUUUCCAAUCUUUGUGGACUAAUAACUUCUGUAAAAUACAAUGAAAAUGUCAUGGCAACCUCAAAUUGUUAAAAAACAAUUACCAAAAACCCUAAUGAUGAAAAAUACAGAUCUAUCCGGAUUGGAAACGCAGCAUUUUCUACUAGACUCUUGCCCGUCAGAGGAGCUGUUGAAUGUUUGUUUGAAAUGGGCUUUGAAGAGGGAGAAACACAUCUUAUCUUUCCUAAAAAAGCUUCAGUGGAGCAGCUGCAAAAAAUCCGUGACCUCAUUGCCAUAGAGAGAAAUAGCAGAUUGGACGGAUCAAAUAAGAGCCACAAAGUAGAACUAUCUCAGCAACCGGCAGCCAGUUCCAGCACCCAGCUUCCUGCAACACAGUCGUCAAACCCUAGUGGGCCAGCCCAGCACGCGGGCAACAGUGAGGGGCAGCCAUCAAGUCCACCGGCAGCGCCAGGGGUUACUGCUGGUUCAGUCAUUCUAAAAGUGCUUCAGGUCAACCUUCAGCAUGUGCUGGUCUAUGAGAAUUCUGCUCUCCAGGAGAAAGCGUUGGCUUGCAUUCCAGUCCAAGAGCUAAAAAAGAGAUCGCAAGAAAAGUUAUCUCGAGCUAGAAAAUUGGAUAAAGGUACUAAUUUAAGUGAUGAGGAUUUUCUUUUGCUGGAGCUUUUACACUGGUUUAAGGAAGAAUUUUUUCAAUGGGUGGAUGACAUUUCAUGCAGCAAAUGUGGUGGCAAGACUAAGUCUAGAGGUGAAGCAUUAUUUCCCAAUGAUGAUGAGCUAAAGUGGGGUGCAAACAGAGUAGAAGAUCAUUACUGUGAUGCAUGCCAGCUCAGCAGUCGGUUCCCGAGGUAUAAUAACCCAGAGAAACUUUUGGAGACAAGAUGUGGACGGUGUGGCGAGUGGGCCAAUUGUUUUACACUGUGCUGCCGAGCCUUGGGGUUUGAAGCUCGCUAUGUUUGGGAUUAUACAGACCAUGUCUGGACGGAAGUCUACUCUCCUUCUCAGCAGCGGUGGCUGCACUGUGACGCAAGUGAAGAUGUGUGUGACAAGCCACUCCUCUAUGAAAUAGGAUGGGGCAAGAAGCUUUCUUAUGUCCUAGCAUUUUCUAAAGAUGAGGUGGUUGAUGUCACUUGGCGAUAUUCUUGUAAACACGAAGAGGUAAUCUCCAGAAGAACUCAGAUUAAAGAAGAAUUACUUCGAGAAACUAUUAAUGAGCUCAAUAAGCAGAGGCAAAUGUCUUUGUCAGAAAACAGAAGAAAAGAACUUCUCCAGAGAAUAAUUGUGGAGCUUGUUGAGUUUAUAUCUCCCAAAACCCCUAAACCUGGAGAACUUGGAGGAAGAACAUCUGGGUCAGUGGCCUGGAGAGUAGCCCGAGGUGAAAUGGGUCUAGAGAAUAAAGAAACUGUGUUCAUCCCCUCUGAAAAUGAGAAGAUUUCUAAACAGCUUCACCUUUGUUACAAUAUUGUGCAAGAUCAUUAUGUUCGAGUUUCUAAUAAUAAUCAAAUCAUUUCUGGAUGGGAGAAUGGUGUGUGGAAAAUGGAGUCCAUAUUCAGAAAAGUUGAGAAAGACUGGAACAUGGUGUAUUUGGCCCGAAACGAAGGAUCGUCUUCUGCUCGUAUUUCCUGGAAGUGCGAGUGCGGGUCGGUUGGCCUGAAAGUGGAGAGCGUCUCCGUGAGAGCCAGCAGCCAGACCUUUGAGACGGGCGUGGUGCAGUGGACCCUGCGGGGCGACGCCGCACGGGUGGAGCUGUCGGGCGAUAAAAUUCUUCGCUCCUAUCAUGAUUUUUAUGGAGCCACUGAAGUUAUUUUGGAAGCAGAAUUGAGCAGAGGAGAUGGUGUCGUUGCUUGGCAACAUACUCAGCUGUUUAGACAAAGCUUAAAUGACCAUGAAGAAAAUUGUUUGGAGAUAAUUAUAAAAUUCAGUGACCUUUGAGAACCUGAACAUUAUAGAAAAGCUGGCAAUAAUCAAGGAUUUACCAUGUUUUAAAUUAGUCUGUUGGUUCAGUGCAUGCUUAGUGGGCAAUUUACUACCCUCUGCUAGCAUAUUUCUUUUGCUGGCUAUCCAUCAUGUAUCCCUCAUGAAAAUAUAUUCUUUGUACUAUGGGCCAUAAUGAAACCUUGAGUUAAAAACUCCCUUCCAUAUGUGACUGUAACUCGGAGUAAAGUCUUACUGCCCCAGUAUGAGGUUUUAAUCUAAAAAGUGUAAGUAGAGUUUUAAAAGUAAAAUGACAUUAUUCAUGAUUAAAUGCUGUUCAUGAUUAUGAUAAAAUCUUAAGCUAAAAAUGGUAACGAUAUUUUCUGCUCAGCCAUUAAUUUCUUCAUAAGUUAAUUCAGUUGGGUUUCCUAAGAUUUUAAAUAACUGUGAAGAGUAGCAUCUCAUAAGUUAUAAUGCAUGAAAAUUUUUAUGAUUGUAAAUACAUAGGCAUUCAAGAAAUAAAAUCAGUUAUUUUGCUUUAUAUCUUUUUAGUGGUUACUUUGCCUAAAUAAAAAUCUUUAAUAAGUAUACUAAACAUUGAAAAGUGCUUGAAUAGACAAGAAUUAUGAAAACAUGUAACAUUGUAUAAAUUCAAAAAUACAUUAUAAAUCCAUUAUAUGUAGACAUUCAGAAAAUACUUUACUUCUGAUUUUAUUUUUGAGUAUUUUUAUCUACCUCAUUGAAUAAACUAUCAAUCUUGACUUUGAAA